CAGUUCAGCAGACAGAAGUUCACAGUCGGUGAAGGACUGCUGACGAUGCUGGUAUCCGUGACUCUGGUCUUUGUCGCUCUGGGCAAAGUUGUACAAUGUCUUAGCAAUUACACCUUCCCGCCAGACUUCCGGUUUGGAGUUGCCACAGCUUCGUAUCAGAUCGAGGGGGCAUGGAACACAGACGGAAAGGGGGAGAGUAUCUGGGACAGAAUGACUCAUCAACAUCCUGACUUUUUUUUCAACGGAGACGUAGCCGCCGAUUCGUACCAUUUGUAUAAGGAGGAUGUACGUGCUCUUAAGGAAUUGGGAGUUGGUGUGUAUCGUUUCUCAAUUUCGUGGCCACGAAUUUUACCGACCGGAGAUGUCGACGUUGUAAACAAAUUAGGAAUUGCUUACUACAAUAAUCUCAUCAAUGAACUACUAGCUAAUGGUAUCGAACCAAUGGUCACAAUGUAUCAUUGGGAUCUACCUCAGGCACUCCAGGAUAUUGGCGGAUGGCCUAAUCAAGUGAUUGCUGAUUAUUUUGAAGAAUAUGCGCGCGUACUUUUUACUCACUUUGGCGACAGAGUGAAAUUGUGGCUCACAUUCAACGAACCGCUGUCAUUUUGUGCUGGGUAUGGCGAAUGGAGGGCAGGUGCUCCCGGAAUAGAUGCUCACGGCAUUGGCGAUUACAUGUCAGCACACACCGUACUCCACGCCCAUGCCCGAGUGUAUCAUCUCUACGACAAUGUGUUUAGAAAGAAACAGAAAGGUCAGAUAGGGAUCACUCUCGACUCCGAAUGGGCUGACCCUUUCGACGGAACUGUCGAGAGUAAAGAAGCAGCCGAAAGAGAACUCCAAUUUCAACUGGGCUGGUUCGCACACCCGAUAUUCAGUUCUGAAGGCGAUUAUCCACGUGUUAUGAAAGAGCGAAUUUUAAAUAACAGCUUAAAAGAAGGUCGAACUAGAUCUCGGAAAGAGGUUAAAUACGUCCAAGGGACUUCUGACUUCUUUGGUCUGAACCACUAUACGACAAACUUGGCAAGAUCUGGCGCUGUUGGAGAGACUCCAUCCUUAAUUCGAGACGCCGGAGUGCAGAUGAUCUUAGAUCCCAGUUGGCCAAGCUCAGCUUCUGCUUGGCUUAAGGUGGUGCCGUGGGGUUUUCGAAAGCUUCUUGUGUGGAUAGCAAAGGAGUACAAUAACCCACCUGUUUAUGUCACAGAGAAUGGAUUUUCAGAUCACGGAGAGCUGAGAGACACCAACAGAACAAAGUACAUAACGAGCUACCUAUCGGAAUUGCUGAAAGCAAUCCAUGAAGAUGGCUGCAACGUGAUUGGCUACACAGCGUGGAGCCUUAUUGAUAACUACGAAUGGAUGAGCGGUUAUACGGAGAAGUUUGGCAUGUACUACGUGAAUUACAGUGAUCCAGCCCGACCACGCGUCCCCAAAGACUCGUCUCGCGUCAUGGCUGAAAUUAUCCGUACACGUCAGCUACCACAACAGUACUCGCAAGAGGAUGACGUGAAAUUGGGUAUAAAUGACAAUUCGCUACUUCAUACCGUUCAAAAUUUAGAUCUAGGCUUACAAGAUAAAUUGCAAUGGCAGCGUUUUCAGAGGGUCAAAUUGGAACCUGGUGUACCAGACAUUCCAAAUCCGCAAGAGAUUUCUGAAGAGAAAGACAUACAGAAAGAAUUUGUUGCAGAGGUUGGUAAAACUGAGGUAAAAAUGGGAUAAAAAUGUCAUGGUGUGGUGUGAAAUUAAACAAAUAUUGGUUGUAAAAUUUUAAAAAAUGGAGAAUAUGAAUAAUCUCUACAUGUACAGUUCACCCUGCUCUGUGGUUUUCCUGUGAACUAACAUAAUAAAUUGAAGUGGUGUUAUUCAGUGAAA